UGGCUUUAAAAUGGCUGUCAAGCUAUAAGUUUGUGUAUCUUGUGUAUGUAGAUAGUUAAUAGAGGGAUGGAAUUUAAAGGUGUGUCGUUGUAAAUAAGACGAAAUUAUGUUAAUAGGUGUAAAUAAACUUUUAUCGGCAAUGUGCUUAUGCGAAUACUUGCCACGGUUUCUGUGUUCAUCGUCGCCUAUUAGUUGAAACUAAUCGUAUAAUUUUAACCUAAAGGGUUAGGACGGAUAAUAUUGAAUUAACGGAACAGUUUCGCGGGUGGUUUGUUUAUAAAGUACGGCGUAAACAUGUGGAACAUGAUGUGUGACGUUAUGCCGACGAUAUCAGAAGACAGUAUCAGCCAGAGAAGUUCGCAAUUCUCUGGCGAAGAUGCCAAUUUUGAGCAACUAAUGGUGUCUAUGUUGGACGAAAGGGACAAGUUGAUGGACAGUCUACGAGAAACCCAGGAUCGUUUAGGAGAAACGGAGAUCAAAUUAUCUGAAGUAGAGAAAGAACGGGAUUCUCUGCAACGGCAAAUUGCCGCAAAUUUACCACAGGAAUUCGCCACUUUAACUAAAGAGUUGAACGCAGCGCGAGAGCAGCUAUUAGAGCGGGAAGAGGAAAUAGCGGAGCUCAAAGCCGAGAGGAAUAACACUAGGUUACUUUUAGAGCAUUUAGAAUGUUUAGUCUCGCGACACGAGAGGUCGCUGCGCAUGACCGUCGUCAAGAGACAGGCGGCCGCGCAGUCGGGCGUCUCGAGCGAGGUAGAAGUCCUGAAGGCGUUGAAAAGCCUGUUCGAACACCACAAGGCUUUGGAUGAAAAGGUUAGAGAAAGACUGAGGGUAGCAUUAGAGAGGAAUUCGGCUCUUGAAGAAGAACUAGCUUCAACCAAAGAAGAGUUACAGCAGCUUAAGCAAGGAGUAACCCAACCAAAUGUACCUGCAUUAGAAGAUAAGCCAAAGGAAAAUGGACAAUUACAAUUGGAAAUUGGGGACCAAGUCAACAGCAACAAUAUGACAAAGCCACGGCUCACCAAUGGCGGAAUGGAAGGCGACCAGGGGGAUAGCGCAGCCAGGAUAGCCGAUCUGCAACAAGCUUUAGAACAACAAACUAGCGAAAUCAGCAAUUGGCAACGUAGGGUAGCCGAAAUGCAAAACAGGGUCAGCGAACUCGAGGAGAACUUCACGAAGGCUCAGAAAGAGUUGCUGAAAGCACAAGACGCAAAUUCUAAGCUCCAGCGCGAUUUACGCGAAAACGUGGCUCAAAAAGAAGACCAAGAAGAACGUAUAGCGACGUUGGAGAAGCGGUACCUCAACGCUCAGCGCGAGAGCACGUCGCUGCAUGAUCUCAACGAGAAACUCGAGCAAGAAUUGCAGCACAAGGAAGCUCAGAUUAAACUUCACGAGGAAAAAAUCGCCGCGAUUCAAGAAAAGUUGGAACUCGCCGAACAAAAGUUGGCGCAAUUUUCCAAGUUACCGGAGAUGGAGGAGCAGCUGAAGCAGCGCAUGGAGGCGCUUACCCAGGUGAGACCCCAGGCCCAAGAACGGCACGGUUCGGCCGAAGACCGAAUCCAACGGCUAGAAGCGAAUUUGGACGAAAAGAACGCCGAACUGAUGCGCCUCAAUCAAAGGCUGAAGAUGAACGAAGACCACAAUUCGAGACUCUCGGCGACCGUCGACAAGCUCUUGUCGGAAUCAAACGACCGUCUUCAAGAUCAUUUGAAGGAGCGGAUGCACGCGUUGCAAGAGAAGAACAGCCUCACCCAAGAGCUGGACAAGACACGGAAAAUGAUGGAGGACAUGGAACAACAAAAGGGCGACAUCAUGAAGGAACUGGCGAAAUCCCGGUUGGAAAUCGACAACGUGAAACGGCAGAUGUUGCAGCAAGAGAUCGCUUACAAUAUUCAACAGACAGACGCCCUCACCAGAUCUCUGUCUCCUAACGCCGCCGAUCCGAAUACAUUUUCGCGAAGUGCCAGCCAUUCCAGCUUCGAUACUCAUUCCUUGCCGCGGAGGGCGAAUAAAAGUAGGACGCCGAUUGACGACGACCCCAACAAGAUGGCGUUUGGUUCGCGUUCGAUCGCCGAACACGAAUGGGAAAAGCUUCAGCAGGCUCACGUUUUGGCAAAUGUGCAGCAAGCCUUCGACGUGUCGAGCGACGCCGAAGGAGACGAUAAUGACAGCCUGUUCAGUACCGCGGACAUUUUGUCCCCGAGCGGCCAUACCGACGCCCAGACGCUGGCGAUGAUGCUCCAGGAACAGUUGGACGCCAUCAAUAAUGAGAUCCGGCUCAUUCAAGAGGAGAAGCAAAACACGGAAGCACGGGCCGAAGAGUUGGAAUCGCGGGUGGGCAGCAUGGAACACAUGAACCUAUUGGCGCGGGGGCGGAGCCUGGAACGCCAAUCACCCCCUGUAAGCGGUAGAUCUACACCUAAGUCACACCAUAGCCCCCAGAGGGAUUACUUGCAUAAGUAUCACACGGCACCGGCAAGUAUGUCUCCGGCGCAUCUGCAACAAUAUCACUCUUCUUUGAGUCCGGGCACGCUGUCCGAAUCGUUACCUUCUAGUCAGCUGCAACUGGCACCGUUGGACAUGACCAGGGAGGAGAUGAGUCAUAUCGGAGACGCGGGUGGCGGGGGCGGGGCUUCACCGUUGACGGCUCGAUCGUUGAGGUUGGAACGGGUCGCGCAAGCACUCGCCCACAGUCAAGAGGAACUACGAAGUUUUUAUGUUAAUGCUAGACGAACAGGCACAUCCGGUCUGUCUCCUGGAAUGGUUUACAGGCAAGGGCAGAAUACGCAUACGCCCCCAUCACCUCUAUCCUCUCGUCACAGCAGCCAGGAGAGUCUACACAAGAACGCGUUUGCCGGCACGGUUAUGCCCAGGGACAUGAGUUCGGCAGCCGCGGCCGCGGCCGCAGCUGCGCAGAAGAAAAAAGGAAUCAAAAGCAGCCUCGGUCGGUUCUUUAGCAAAAAAGAAAAGGUUAAGGGAAAAGAUAUUCCCGGGGUAGACUCUGGUUUGAAUCUAAGCCAAAGCAGUAUCGGUCUACUGGACGGGGAUCUGAGUGAUACGAUGAGCAUAUCCGGCAAGAUGGGCCAGAAGGGUGAAUUCGAUAGAAGGCAAAAGAAGAAAGAGCGGGAUUACAGACACGAACUCCUCGCAGAGGCGAUGAAAGCCGGCACACCAUUUGCUUUGUGGAACGGGCCGACCAUCGUUGCUUGGUUGGAACUGUGGGUCGGUAUGCCCGCUUGGUACGUAGCCGCGUGCAGAGCCAACGUAAAAUCAGGUGCCAUAAUGAGCGCGUUGAGCGAUACCGAAAUUCAAAGGGAAAUAGGUAUUAGCAAUCCACUCCACAGACUGAAACUGAGGUUGGCCAUUCAGGAGAUGGUGUCGCUGACGUCGCCCAGCGCUCCGAAGACAUCGCGAACUACUCUCGCGUUCGGCGACAUGAACCAUGAAUGGAUCGGUAAUUGUUGGCUGCCGUCUUUGGGUCUUCCACAGUACAGGACGACGUUUAUGGAGUGUUUGGUGGACGCGCGUAUGCUCGAUCAUCUCACCAAGAAGGAUCUGAGGGGACAGCUGAAAAUGGUGGAUAAUUUCCAUAGGACCAGUCUACAGUACGGCAUAUCAUGUUUAAAGAGAUUAAAUUAUGAUCGGAACUUAUUAGAGGAUAGGAGAAAAAAUUGCGAAAACACUAAUACUGACGUGUUAGUGUGGAGUAACGAUCGGCUGAUUAGAUGGGUAGCAACUAUAGGUCUAAAAGAAUUUGGAAAUAAUUUAUUAGAGUCUGGUGUUCAUGGUGCUUUAGUUGCGUUGGAUGACAGUUUUGAUGUAAAUAGUAUGGCCCUCGCUUUACAAAUACCAACACAAAAUACACAGGCUCGUCAAACUUUAGACGUAGAAUUCAACAAUCUGUUGCGAAUGGCGACGGAAAGACGGCCGGAGAACAUGCAGUCCUGAUAUGGUACGGGCGAAUUUCCGUCUUGAGCAUAAAUACUGACCAUGUAGUGUUCCGCUGAUAGCAGAUGUCGCGAGUGUCGGUGUCGAGCAGCCCAGGCUACCUCCCCUAUCGUCGAUAAUAAAUUAAUUGCGCUGCACAGGUUACCCUUGGUAUACAUCCAGUAUAAACGUUGUAUGUAAAAAAAAAAGUUUCCGUAUUCGCCAUAAUAUCGCGAAACCACUUGUAUCGAGCUUUAACCGAUGAACAAAUUGAUGAACCUCGUGUUUUAUGUAGUAUUACGAUUGAUUAUUGUAAAUUUCGAUAGUUUGUUUUUCGGUUGUAGGUUAUAAAAUUAUGUUUAGCUAAAGGUGAACGAGUUGUUGGAGUUUACGUUUUCGUUGAACCCGAUCGCAUUUAUAGAAAAUUACGCGCGAAAGUCUUUUUUGGGAAGCAAAAAAGGAACGAGUGUUAACUGAAAUGCUGAAAUGAUUUUAAUUGCGAACUUGCUAAAAUAGGGUCAGUUCCGCAACAAUUAAAAAAAUAGAGGGCACUUUGAAAUUUUAAAAAGUCCUACUAGGUUUUCAAAUUAUCAAAUUUAACCGUGUUUACCCCCUGCAGACAAAGCAGCAAGUGUUACCAAUUUUCUCUGGGUUGAUUAAUUUGAAACCUUUUUAUGGAUUGCAACGGGGCAUACAGGUAAGCAUUGGAAAUUACGUGCAAAAUAAAAUUGAUCGUUUUUCUAUUUGGAAGCAUUUGUUGGCUUGUCGGAUUUACUUUUCUAAAACUUUUUAAAGUGUCCAAAUAUGUAUUGAUAUGAUAUCGUCACUUAUUUGCACAUCAAUGGCGGUUAAUCCCGACCCUACAUCCAUAUGUAUGAUAAAUAAGGUAUAGUUCACACUCAUCUGGUAUUGGGCGACAAUGUGAGCUAACUCUACGUGUGUGAAAUGAAAUUUUAUUGGCGUGUGAUCUAUCUCAUUAUAUGUAAAUAUUGUUGAAUGUGGCAGCAAAAGUCAGUAUUACCCAUGCGUGCCUGAACUAGUCUCGGUGCUGUCAUCUGUAACUUGGGAAGAUUGUGUCAUUACUAUUCUAGUUUUUUAGAAGACUGAUAGGAAUAAAAUAUUAACUAUUAAGACAAACAAAAAAAAAUCUCUUAAAGUAUCCGGCAGUGUCAACAACAUUUUCAACAGUUUGUAAACGAAUAUAGAGUGCAGACAUAACACUUUCUGCGUAACAAUUAAUUAAAUUUUAACAAAAUCUUUCCGGUGACAGGAAUUAAGUUAUAAAAUAUUAAUUUCUUUAAAUUAUGCAUCAUUAAAAAAAACGUAUCUCGAAAUUUAAAGAAGGGAUGGGAUAACAUUUUUGUAUAGCGUCGUGUGAAAAUUAACUAUUUUUCAAAUUUUCCGCCAGUUGAGAUUUUUGAGAUAUGUAUAUGAUCGAUAAUUCUUCAUUACAAACUGUGAAAACGCUGAAAAAGUACGAUUAAAAGUAAUUUAAAAAGCAUCUCUCUAUAUAUUCUACUAUGUGUUGCCUCAAAUCGAGGUAUUUCCCAUUUCAUUUUGCGAAAGUGUCAUAAUAAAAAUUUUAAAUGUGUCAGCGCUAGUUAGUAAUAAAUUUCAUACCUGCUAGUCAUACCUGUUAUACCAUUUGUAUAAUAAACUGUGUAUAACGUUAGUUUGUAACCGACGGUUAGUAAUCCACUUUGUUUGCUGUGCUGUACACCCCAAAACGCAAAAAUCGUUGAUCCCGUUUUGUUAACGCAAAAAGAAUAUAUUUGAGUUCGCGAUUUGCAAACGAAAAAAAUUAAAACGGUUAACUCGUUCUGGGGUGCACAAUAAUUCUUCAUAAUGACCUACUUUAAAUCGGUCCACACUUCGUCCUGCAGAUUUUAUUCACCUUAAGGAGAUAGCGUACUAGUUUAACUCUAUGAUAACUUAUGCAAGUCGAAAAUAAAUGUAAGUUGACAAAUAUCAGGGGCUAAGUAUUCGUAUGUUUUUUGUUUUCCCUCCACGAUUAAGAACUACACUUAAGUUUGUUUCAGUAUUUGAAUAGUCCAAGGGAGUAAAGUAACCUCUAAGCAUUUAUACGUAUAAAAACCCCAGGCACUGACAAAUUUUCCCAAGGUACCACACGUUUAAUGUUAAAUUUGCGAAUUGUAUAGUUAGUACAAAAUUCUUGUUUUCGUGACGCUUAUGGAUGUGAAAUAUGCAGCAUUAAAAACCAUGUAUUAAAAAAAAAACAUAAAAAAUAGUCUCCUAGCGUGCAGUUCGCCAGGUGGUCGGCUAAAAUAUUGUCCUCUUUAUUGUAAUCCUCUUGAUACUUCACCAGACCACAUUCGUUGCCAUAUUAUAAACGGUAAUAUUUUGAUCAUCCGUUUUUAUUAUCUGGCGACUGUACCGCAACCUAUCGAUAAUCCCGCUAUCUUAAACCUCGACUUGCAUAAACAUGCGACUAAAAAUUAAUUUCGCAAAGUGACAGUUAUUUCCGUUCCGAAUUUUCGCGCCUGUACCGUGUAAUAAGAAAGUCAUUAGUUGUAACAUUUCUGUAUAUACUAUACAGAUAAUAUAUUUUCAUGUUUUUUAUUAAAUUUAGUAUGUUUUAUACAAUGUUUGUAAAAUACUUUUUCUUGUUAUUUAUUUUGGUUUCUGAAAAUAUACGAUUGUGCUUACACAAAUAAUACUGUUAUUAAUAAUAUAUAAUGAAUGAAAAAUUGAAGAACGGAGUUUCAAGCUCCGGAAAUGAUUGUCAUUAUUCGUAUUUGAUCUAAUAAUAGUGUUAAUUUAUGUAUAUAUUACAUAAAUAUAACGAGA